AUGACCAAGCUAACAUCCCUCCCCAUCAUCCUCCUCACCCUCGCCAACAUAACACCGGCCCUCACAGUAUUCAUCCCCAACUUCCUAAACUACACAAACAGCACAAACAUAACCUACCACAUUCCACCUCACCCAGCCCCAUCCCCCUCCGGCACCCUCCCCAGCAACAUCUCCACCCUCCAAACACCAGACAAAAACGACCUCGUCUGGGUCCCGCCAAGCAGCCCAACCUUCUACCGCGGCAACCGCCUCUACGAAGACGAAGUCUGCGGCGCCUCCUCCUUCACAGGCAUAACCCGCGCCACAUCCCCCCUAACCCAAGAUUGCCUCGACCUCGCCGACGACGCGGCAAAAGAGCGCUACGUCUGGUACGCAAAGGGCUUUGUCGACAAUACCACCAUCCUCGGCAUCCGCUCCCACGGCACCUGCACCUUUGGCAUCAAACCCCCCUACGCGGACGCGUUACCGCGCAUCAUGACGGGGUGGUAUGUCGGCGGCGUGGACGUCGCGGAGGUGGUUCGCACCGCGGUGCGGGAUUACGAUGUCGCAGGCCAGGUUGGCGCGAGCGGGAUGAUGUAUUGCUGGGCGAAUCGGCAGAACCAUGUCGAUGUGCAGUGGGCUAUUUACGGUGCCAGUGAGCAGGCUGAGGCGGGCUACUUUUGGGCGCCGCCUGUGCCUGCGAAUUCGGGUGCUGGGAAGGGUGGCAUUGUGAGUACGGGUGUGAUUAUUGGGGUUUUGGUUUUCUGGUUGUUGUUGUUUUGGAAUAUUGUGAACUGA